AACCAAACACACAUUACCGAGUGGUAUAUGUAGUCUCGCCUCGCCUGAGUUAAGGGUUCCCUCUUCCCCUCUAGUGUCGCAAUUAGCAAACCCCUGCCGCCGGAAAACCCCAACCACCGCCGAGAACCCGGCGGUGCCGCCACCACCGGAGCCCGGAAAAUUGAAAAAAACCACAAUGCUUUGCCAGGGAAGCCGCAUUUUGUUCCUAGCCCUCACUGUCGUCAUCGUCUUCACCUCCUCAUUCUCGCCGUCAAUGGCAGUAGUUCUCAACCUCACUGCUCCUCUGCUGCCAGGUCAGCACCCCAACCCAGAGGCCGUUGUUCAACACGUUCAGAGCAAAGUAAGAGCAUCACUUUCAAGACAUCUCAUGAGAAGAAAAUUGUUGUCGGGCGGCGAGCAGUCUUCGUCGUCCUGCUCCACCGGCAACCCGAUCGACGAUUGCUGGCGGUGCAGCUCCAACUGGCAGCUGGACCGCCAGCGCCUCGCCGAAUGCGGCAUUGGGUUCGGACAAUACGCCCUCGGCGGCAAAGGGGGCCGCUACUACGUGGUGACGGACUCAUCGGACUCCGACCCGGUCACCCCGCGUCCUGGGACGCUCCGGCACGCGGUCAUCCAAGAGGAGCCGUUGUGGAUCGUCUUCGCCGCCGACAUGGGCAUCCACCUCUCUCAAGAGCUCAUCUUCAACUCCCACAAGACGGUGGACGGGCGGGGGGCAAAGGUGCACAUCACCGGCGGCGGGUGCAUAACGCUACAGUACAUCUCGAACGUCAUCAUCCACAACAUCCACGUGCACAACUGCUACGAGUCGGGGGAGGCGAACGUGCGGUCGAGCCCCACGCACUACGGGUGGAGGACGAAAUCGGACGGGGACGGGAUUUCGAUAUUCGGGGCGAGGGACGUCUGGAUCGACCACUGCUCGCUGUGGAGGUGCAAGGACGGGCUGAUCGACGCGGUGGUGGGGUCCACGGGGAUCACGAUAUCGAACAACCACUUCUCGGACCACAACGAGGUGAUGCUGUUGGGCCACAGUGACGAUUUUGCCCCCGACUCGGGGAUGCAAGUCACCAUAGCCUUCAACCACUUUGGGCACAACCUGGUGCAGAGGAUGCCGAGGUGCCGGAGAGGAUUCAUCCACGUCGUGAACAACGACUUCACGAGGUGGGAGAUGUACGCCAUUGGCGGCAGCGGUAAUCCCACCAUCAACAGCCAGGGAAACCGUUACACGGCACCCUUUGACCGUGACGCCAAAGAGGUAACAAAGAGGGUGGAGACGAGAGAGGACUGGGCGGGGUGGAACUGGAGGAGCGAGGGGGACAUAAUGUUAAAUGGGGCCUACUUUGUGGAGUCAGGUGACAGCGUGGAAGUCAAAUAUGAGAAGGCAUACAGUGUGGAGCCCAAGACUGUUAAUUUCAUUGACCAACUCACCAUGAAUGCCGGGGUCCUUGUAGCCAGGAGGGGCAAAAUGGGCAAGUGGAGUACGGCUACCAUGAACGCCAGCAUUGACGACGGAGGAGCUGACUUGAUGGCAAUUUCCGACGAGGAAGAGGAUUACUCCGGGGGGAGCUGCAAGCUUGUCGCAUUUAACCCCAUCUUGUUGUUUUUCUUGAUAACCAUGCUAUAACCCCUCAUGGUAUUGUAAUUAAUGGCUAGCAGGUAAUGCAAUGUAAUCUUUGAGGACAAGAUUUGAUCUUUUGUUCAAGAAUUGAAGGACAAGAUUUGCUCUUU